AUGCACAUUGCCAGUAUUAGUCUUCCAGAAUCCCCACAACCAACUUUGAACGCUGUUGACAAGCUUCUUGCAUUUUUUGUGUUGGUUGGCAUGGACGCUUUAGACAAGAUACACCAAAACUUACUCCAAGGUUUGUCAUUUGCAGACCAGACCGAUUUCAAAGGCCAUUGCGAAAAAUGUGACAAGCCAGUACUGAACGACACGGGCCCUGGUCUAUCAUAUACUCAAGACGGUAUUCAGCACGCUUACCAUCGCAAGUGCUUCACCUGUGCGGAAUGUCGAAAACCUAUUGAUGAUACAUCCUUUUACUUACACCUUGAAAAGCCACAUUGUAAAGUGUGCUAUGAGGAACGUAUAUUGGGUCGAUGUGCCGCGUGUGAUGAAAGCUUGUCUGGCACGGCGACCAUGAAAGCGGGGUCGAAGAAAUUCCAUCCCAAGUGCUUUGUUUGCGAAAAAUGUAAGGCCGAAUUGCAAGGGCGUUAUUUUGAAAAGGAUGAUGCCUUUUGGUGCCGGUCGUGCUACGAAGUAAAUUAUCUGCCGGACUGUGAUGCAUGUGGGAAGAAGAUCCAACCUGACGAGACAACCUCGAAAAUUACAAUGGUGCAGUGCAAAGACAAAAAGUAUCAUCAAGGAUGCUUUGCAUGCAAGGAUUGCCGAAAACCGUUUGAUGAAUUGAAAGCUUUGCAUCAUAAAGAUGAACUUUAUUGUCAGGAUUGUUACUUUGCGGUAAUUAAAGCAAUGGAAGAGGCGGCAGCUUGAGACCUGUGCUUGCGCGGUAGGAUAGGUGACAAAAUAUUAUAAGAAUAUCCUAGAUAGAAUAGUACUAUUUUCUUCUGCUACGAAUCAUGAAAUUUCCGCGAGUAUUGUGGUGUUCCACUUCCGGGUCUGAUUGAUUACCCAACGCGACGCUCC